AUGUCUGUACGAGACUUGAAAAUUAAGACAGGUGUAGUCAAGAGACUCGCCAAAGAACUGGCAUCGUAUGAAAAGGAAGCAACCACACAGCAAGCUAGAAUUGACAAGUUGGUAGCUUCUGGAGCUGACAUUCAUGACAUAAAUAAACAGAAGGAAGUACUGGACGAAACACAUCAAAUGAUACCUGAUAAUAAGAGGCGAUUGGGUGUAGCUUACAAGGAACUCGAGACUAUGGUCGCUGAUCUAGUGAGCGCAGAUCCAAAGCUAGACGGAUCAGAAGAAAUAUUGGGUGCUCGUACCAUCCUAUCUGAUGUCACUGUCGCAUAA